AUGGCCGCCUUCGCCAAGGCGACGUCGUCGGAGGAGAUCAUGGCCUACGUCUGGCCCAAGAUGCCCGCGGAGGUCCUCGACGCGCCCAUGCUCGAGGAGGACGCGGAGCCCGACGCGCCGGCGCCGUCGCCCGCGAAGGCGCGGGCCGUGCCGGCCUACAAGCGCACGGAGGAGGAGCGCCAGGGCCGCAAGCCCUUCCGCUGCGGGAGCUGGAAGCACCAGGCCGGCGCGGGCAGGCUGCCGAAGCGGCCCAAGGACCCGCUGGGCCCCCUCGAGGCCGCGCCGGGCGGGCCCGGCCCGUUCCGUCUGGACGCGUCGCUCGGCCAUCCCGCCGCGCACGCCGGCGCCGCCGACGGUCAUCUCGAGCCACUCGAGUACGUGCGGAGCCGGUCCGUGGGCGCCUUCGGCGGCGGCGCGUCGCUCGGCGACCCGAAGCCGCGGAAGGCGCCGCGCGCGGCGGAGCAGACGUCCGUCAAGCCCGUGCUCGCGCCCCUGGCGCCGCCGGGCCAGUCCCUGCCGGCGCCGCCGCCGCUGCCCGACGGCGCGGCCGCGCCCGCGGCCGCGGUGCCGCCGGCCGUCGAGGCCGAGGCCGAGCGGCUCGACGCCAUGGUCGCGCGCGCGCUCGGCGGCGACGUGCCCCCGUCGACGAGCCGCAAGUCGAGCCGCGGCGGCGCGGGCUACGUCAUCUCCACGUUCCAGCCCGCCGAGGCCGACGCGCUCGCGUACCUCAACCGGCCCAAGGUGAAGUCGAAGCGGCAGAUCUUCCGCGAGCUCUGCUUCGACGCGACCGCGCGCUACGCCAUGCACUGCACCAACUCCAAGGACCACCUCCCCGUGGCCUGCGUGCUCCAGUACUGCGACGACGCGGCCGCGGGGCCCCACCCGGACCACGCGGUCUUCAAGGCCAUGCGCGACUUCCCACCCAUGCGGAAGGCCGUCGCGGCCUACAAGCCCAUCGACCUCGUCCACGGCCUCGAGUUCUGCGAGUUCGACGAGCUCGACGACUACUUCGCCGAGAUCAUCGACGCCAACUUCCUCUACGCGAAGGGGAAGUAA